CCUCCCACUGCUCAAUUCACACUUCAAAGCUUACUCUACAUAGAACUCCAAUUCUUCUCCCUCUCUCCCUUCUCCUCAAGUUAACAUUAAGUUUUGUACCCAAAGAAGAUUUGCAGAGAGGUACAUUCAUCUGACGCCAUUCUUUACAUAGGUUAUCUUGAUUCUUGAAAGAGGUUAAAAAUGUUAUCUUUAGCAUUGUUCUUAUUGGUUUUCUGUAAUUCACGAGCCCUAGUGAGUUCAAUGAAUGAAGAAGCGACAGCCCUUUUUUCUUUCAAGCAAUCUAUUCUAGAAGACCCAGAAGGGUCACUAAUUAACUGGAGCAUUUCUGACGAAACCCCUUGUUCUUGGAAUGGCAUUAUUUGCAAGAACCAGAAAGUUGUCGCUUUGAGCAUCCCCAAGAAGGAUCUCUACGGUUCCAUCUCUUCCUCUCUUGGAUUACUCUCUGAACUCAGACAUCUGAAUCUGAGGAGCAAUAGGCUGUUCGGAAGCUUGCCUGCUGGUCUUUUUAAAGCCCCCCGCUUACAAGGUUUGAUCCUGUACGAGAAUUCCCUGUCUGGGCCAUUGCCGUACGAGGUUGGGAGACUUAAAUACCUUCAAACUCUCCGUGUUUCUCAUAAUUUGUUCAACGGAUCAUUGCCUGCGACUCUGAUUGAGUGUAAAAGGUUGAGGAAUCUUGAUUUGAGCGUCAACAAUUUUAGUGGGUCUUUUCCGGACGGUUUAGGGGUUAGUUUGGCUUUACUUGAAGACCUAGACCUUUCACACAAUGAGUUUAGCGGCUCGAUCCCGCGGGAUUUGGGAAAUUUGUCUCGUUUGGAAGGAACUCUUGAUCUUUCUCAUAAUAAAUUCAGUGGCAUGAUCCCGCCAAGCCUAGGUAACCUUCCCGAGAAGGUUUACAUUGAUCUCACUUUUAACAACUUGAGCGGUCCGAUUCCUCAAAAUGGCGCUCUAAUGACUAGAGGGCCAACUGCAUUCCUUGACAACCCCGGUCUAUGUGGUCCACCUUUAAAGAAUCUGUGUUCUUCAGUAGCCCCGCAAAUCGCACCAUCAUUGUACCCCCACAGACCCAAAUAUGACCCCCCACAACCCACAAUUGAUAAGGACGGUAGCGGUCUUAGAAGAGGAGUUGUGGCUGCAAUUAUUGUCAGUGAUGUGGUCGGGAUUUGCCUUAUAGGCCUGCUGUUCUCGUACUGCUACUCGAGACUAUGUAAUUGUGGGAGGAGAGAAGAAGAAAAUGGACAUGGUUCUGGAAAGAGAUGUAAGGAACUGUUAUGCUUCGGGAAGUAUGAACCGGAUACCUUAUCUGAGCACGUGGAGCAGCAAUGUGAUCUUGUCCCGCUGGAUAACCAGGUGACUUUUGAUUUAGAUGAGCUUCUCAAGGCAUCUGCUUUUGUUCUAGGUAAGAGUGGUAUUGGACUUGUGUAUAAAGUUGUGCUUGAAGGUGGUCUGAAUUUAGCUGUGAGACGACUCGGGGAAGGUGGUUCACAAAGAUAUAAGGAGUUUCAGACAGAAGUGGAAGCCAUUGCAAAGCUAAGGCAUCCAAAUAUUGUAACUCUUAGAGCAUAUUAUUGGUCGCCCGACGAGAAGCUGCUCAUAUAUGAAUAUGCUCCAAACGGAAACCUUUCCACCGCAAUUCAUGGUAAACCUGGAAUCUCGACACCGUUGCCUCUUUCAUGGUCCAUGCGGUUGAAAAUAAUGAGGGGAAUUGCCAAGGGGAUGGUUUAUUUACAUGACUCGAGCCCUAAAAAAUAUGUGCAUGGUGAUUUGAAACCAUCAAAUAUAUUGCUGGGACACAACAUGGACCCUAAGAUAUCAGACUUUGGACUUGGACGCCUUGCAAACAUAGCUGGAGGCUCGAUGACAAUGAUGAUAUCCAACCGAAUGGCCUCCUCGGAGAAACAGUAUCAACGACAACCGAGCACUGGAUCAUCCGAAUUGGCAACCGUAGUCUCAGGUGGAGCUCUAGGAACCCCUUAUCAAGCUCCCGAGGGAUUUAGGACAAUUAAGCCUUCGCAGAAAUGGGACAUGUACUCAUAUGGAGUAAUCCUAUUGGAAAUUCUUACGGGAAGGUCAGCAGUAGUUCAAUCUGGAUCAUCCGAAACGGAUAUUGUUAACUGGAUGCACAUCUGCAUAGAAGAGAAGAAGCCGCUGUUGGACGUUUUGGACCCAUGUCUAGUCGAAGAUGCUGAUAAAGAAGAUGAGAUGAUUGAUGUUUUGAAGAUUGCCAUGGCAUGCCUUCAGACCAACCCUGAAAGGAGGCCUACAAUGAGGCAAGUCUUGGAAACCCUUGAAAGAUUGCCCACUACCCCUGUCCUUUAACCUUCUUCUCCAAUCCAUUUCUUGAAUGUAGUUAACUAAAAGUCUGUGCACCGCAUCGGCAAGACAAGAAGUGUGACUCUCGCCGGGAGGUAUUCAUUGUUUAAUUUACCCAGAGAUAUCCUGGUGUUUUGGCGGUUUGUCUGGGAUUUAAAUCAGUUAGAAAGAGGGUUUUAUUUGUGUAAAUAAGUGAAAUGAGGCUGUGUAAAAUUCCUGGUCUGUCUAAAUCAGUUGGUAUAUUCUAUGUUUUGAUACUCUUCCCAAUUAUAUUUCCAAAGCUGCAGCGUGUCCUUAUAAUGCUAUCUUCAUAACUGCAUGUUUGCCAUUCUGAGUCGCAUAUAUGCU